AUGGCUCACCUCGCAGUUUGCACCCUUGCGUGGAGUCUAUUUAUCCAUCUGGCAACGCAAUCGCGUGCAGAGACAACCCCCAUUAACCUAUUUUCAGGUCACCCCUCUGAAGUGCCCAGCGGCGAAGGUCAGAGACACGGAGGCUUUAGACUUCCGGGUGCACAGGACUUAAGUGGUGCAGCAGAAUCAGAACCAACCAUAGCAAGAACAGAGGAACGAGCGGCAGCCACAAGCACGGCAGCUGCUGUACUCCCAGAACCAGCAGCAGGGUACCCUCGCCUGCGUCGUCGCGAGGGGGAAGAUGUGGGCAAUUUACCUGAUGCGGACCCUCCUUCCCUUUGGCUGAAUUCUCUGGAUUCCCUCAGAUGCGUCAAGGAGAGCACAGUUGCACCGGGUACAGGCGCAUGUGAUGGGCCCGAGGCCUGGGAAAGUGCUCAUGACGGUUCACGGGGGGUUUACUUCGUGGCUGUCGGCGACACAGGAGAACUGUCUACUGCUUUGAAUCGGACUGAGGAGGUGGUGGCGGCGAUGGCAGAAGUUUGUUCGGUCGUUCCAGUUUCGUUUGUCUCACUGCUGGGAGACAACUUCUACCCCUGGGGAGUCAGCAGUACUGAAGACCCGAAGUUCACUUCUCAUUUUGAGAUUCCCUUUGGGCAUCCUGCUUUGCAACGAGUGGCUUUUUUUCCCGUAUUUGGGAAUCACGACUACAAGCUGUUCCCAGAGGCACAGAUUCGACGGUACUUUUCGUCUUGUACUACGUGCAAGCAACCGCAAGACUGGAACUCUGCACAAGUGCGCUGGCGGUUCCCCAAUCCUUGGUACUUUUCGCGAUUUGUUUACAAAAAUGUGCAUCCCGAUCUUUCCGCAUUCCCCCUUGUCUCGAACGUCAGGCAGCUACAGGAGAUACAGCCGGUAGCCAGGGGAUCUGGAGAGGGGGGUCGCGCUCGUGGCGACUCUGUGAUCGUUGUGAAUAUCCAUUUGGAUUCGAACAUUUUGUUGUCUUCGCAUGAUACCGCUCGCAAACAGCUGGUAUUUCUAGAGGCUGUCCUCCAAUCGGGCGCUGCAGAAGCUGACUGGAUAUUUGUUCAUCAACAUCAUCCACUGUUUACCGACGGUACUCUUUGUAGAAAUAUCAAGUCCUUCCAGGACUUGCUAUUGCCGCUGUAUCUGCGGUAUGGCGUGGAUGCGGUCUUCGCUGGACAUGAACAUUUGCUGUCGUAUUUCGAGCUUGAUGGGCCUGAAAGCGUAGGUGGACCUAUCGCGCAGGUCAUCAGCGGGUCCGGAUCCAAGCUACACCGCGAGUUUCCCACUUGUUGCACACCAAGUUUGCUGCACAAGUGCAAAGAAGACGUGGAACUGUGCCGUAGCUCGAAUUGUGCAUUUCAGCGGACAACAAGUGGCUUUGCGCUCAUUAAUUUGACUGCAAAGGAGAUGAGGUUAUUGUACAUUGAUGCGAAUACGGGAGAAGUAAUACAUCACUCAACCCGCCGCUCGAAGAAGGCCAGCCGAAUGCAGCAGACAGCAAAACAUGCUAGAUUUGCAAGCGUACCGGGAGCCGCAGGACGACCACUAAAACCGAAUGGUGGCGCUUUUGCAUACCCUCCGAUCGGCCGUGAACCGAUUCCUCAGGAGCUGACGGGUUCAACAUGGCCCACGGAGGACGUUCCGCUGUGGGGGCAUGUGAUGGUUGUUUUGUUCCUCAUUUUGUUUAUUGUUUUGGGAUUCGUUUGCUGCGGGCGUUUCUUCUGCAACCUCAAGGCGUGGACAGUUCCUCAAGUACGUCGUUAUUCCCUGCCCUUCUGGGCACUUCGGAGACACCGGGAAGUUCCUCUUGACCCCCAUGAAGCGCCUUCCGUCGUUGGAUCUGUGCGGUCUGUAUCGGUGGGACGAGAGGUUGAACUGAGCACUAGAGAAACGGGGCUGUCUGUGGGGUCUUUGCCAGUGGUAGAGGCUGCUCGGCUCUGUGAACUACGUAGGCAAAAGGACCAAGAAGAGAUGCCUCUUGUCUAG